GCUCGGUGGAGAACCGAGAGCUCCGUCUUCACUGUCGACGCAGCUGGCAGUGGGUCUGUCUCCGGAAGGCGGACUGGCGAACGCCCAGUGCCCCCACUCGGCCGCCUGCUUCCCUGCCUGCCGCUCUUGUCUGCGCCCGUGACAUCCUUGCUCGGGACGCAGUGACCGUUUUUAAAUCACAAGGGCGUGGGUCAGCCUCCCCUAGGACUUCAUGUCUGUAUAUUUCCCCAUUCACUGCCCUGACUAUCUGAGAUCAGCCGAGAUGACUGAGGUGAUGAUGAACACCCCAUCCAUGGAGGAGAUUGGCCUCAACCCCCGGAAGGAUGGCCUUUCCUAUCAGAUCUUUCCUGACCCGUCAGACUUCGACCGCUGCUGCAAACUGAAGGACCGCCUGCCCUCCAUUGUGGUGGAACCCACAGAGGGGGAGGUGGAGAGUGGGGAGCUCCGGUGGCCCCCCGAGGAAUUCUUGGUCCAGGAGGAUGAGCAGGACAACUGUGAAGAGACGGCGAAAGAAAGCAAGGAGCAGUAGAGUCCCCGCCAGCUCCCAUGGGGUCACGCCAGACAGCAUCUCUACCUGAACUGUUCUUUCCCAGUAUGAUGGAAGGAGAGAGGGAGCCACCACAAUUCUGAAAAUGUCCAACGAUGGCUUCCGUUUGCACCUGCAAAUCACUGAGUUGGUUUUCUUUUCUUUUCUUUUCUCUUUUUGAAAUGUGUCGGGCAGUGGAGCCCUCUGCGACAAUUUGCAAGGCCUUCUGAGAAAGGAAGCUGCUUCGAGCAGGGGUGGGGGGUGUGGGGAAGUGGGUGGAUCUAUGAGAUCAUUAUCUGAACUCGAGCAGGCUAGAGGUUGUGGUGGGAUUCCAGUGGGCUCUGGGGGGCGGGGGGAUGGGGGAUGUACAAAGCAAGCAAAGAACAUUUGGGGUAAGAAAACAAUCAUGAGACAAAA